AUGGACGUCUCCAACGCCUUCCUUCAUGGCCAUUUGCAGGAGCAGGUGUACUGCCAUCAGCCCAUCGGCUUCGUCGACACCGAGCGCCCCGAUGACGUGUGCUUGCUCUCUCGGUCCCUGUAUGGACUGAAGCAGGCGCCCCGCGCCUGGUACCAGCGCAUCGCCGGCUUCCUGCAUCAGCUUGGCUUCCGCUCCACGCGCUUCGAUGUGUCGCUGUUCGUCUACCAGACCGGCAACGACAUGGCCUACCUGCUGCUAUACGUCGACGACAUCAUCCUGACGGCCUCCACCGCUGGUCUUCUUCGGCAGAUCACCGACAGUCUUCGCGCUGAGUUCGUUUUGAAGGACCUUGGCCCGCUCCACUACUUCCUCGGCAUCGAGGUUGUCCGGCGUGCGGACGGGUUCUUCCUUCAUCAGCGGAAGUACGCCCAUGAGCUUCCCGAGCAUGCCGGGAUGCUUAACUGCAACCCCGCACCUACUCAUGUCGACACGAAGGCCAAGCUCUCCGCCAGUGAUGGGUCGCUGGCGUCCGACGCGCCGUUCUACCGCUCCAUCGUCGGUGCUCUCCAGUACUUGACGUUGACGCGACCGGAACUCCAGUAUGCUGUGCAGCAGGUGUGCUUGCAUAUGCAUGCUCCUCGGGAUGCUCAUUGGGCCGCGGUGAAGCGGAUUCUACGCUACAUCUGUGGUACCAUGGGCUACGGCUUGUCGUUGCGUGCGUCCCCCUCGACGUCGACCGACCUCGUCGCCUACUCGGACGCGGACUGGGCGGGAUGCCCGGACACGCGGCGCUCCACCAGCGGCUACUGCGUCUACCUCGGCUCGUCGCUCGUCUCUUGGUCCUCCAAGAGGCAGCCCACCGUGUCUCGCUCCAGUGCUGAGUCCGAGUACCGCGCCGUGGCCAACACGGUGGCCGAGUGCACGUGGCUUCGCCAGCUUCUGUCCGAGUUCUCUUAUCCCGUUGACAAGGCUACGGUGGUCUUCUGCGACAACGUGUCGGCCGUCUACCUCUCCGCCAACCCCCGCCGCACCGCCGACUUCCACGUCGCCGCCGCCCGUCACCAGAUCGACAGCCUACUGCUACUCGAGGCGCGCGACCAUCCCUGCACUGAACACAACUAUGUUGCCAGCUUGAGAACGGGGCUGAUACUUGCCUUGGUGGUUUAG